AUGUGGGCCUCGGCACGGCUUCUACAUAAACUCAGCCUAAAGGGGAAACUUCGAGCGUCUCCUACCAAGGUUUCUAUUCAACCUCAGUCACCAGCACGGACAAGAUUUGCUCCUUCUCCCACAGGGUUUCUUCACUUGGGAUCGUUGCGAACGGCUCUAUAUAACCACCUCUUAGCAAAAAGCACGGGGGGACAAUUUCUUCUUAGGCUUGAAGACACAGAUCGUAAUCGCUUGGUAGACGGUGCAGAAAAGAAUAUCUAUGAAUCUCUAGACUGGACAGGAAUCGUGCCAGAUGAGGGCCCUACAAAUGGCGGACCAUUUGGGCCAUAUAGACAGUCAGAGCGGAUGCACAUAUACAAGAGGUACGCCGAGCAACUUAUAGAAUCAGGACACGCUUACAAGUGUUACUGUUCCAAAGAUAGACUUGUGCACUUGCGUGAGUCGGCAAUGGCGUUGAAACCACCAACUACUGUCACUUACGAUCGAAAGUGCUUGCAUUCGCCUGAGGCCAAUGGGCAAGAGUAUACGGUAAGAUUCAGAUCGCCAGAUAAAUACGAACCUUUCACUGACUUGCUUCAUGGGAGACUCGAUUUGCAGCCACAGAUCAACCAAACUGACCGUAGGUAUGACGAUUUUGUCAUCCUAAAGCUGGAUGGCCUUCCCACAUAUCACUUUGCCAAUGUCGUUGAUGAUCACCUCAUGAAGAUUACACACGUAAUUAGAGGCGAGGAGUGGCUUGCUUCCACGCCAAAGCAUGUCGCCAUGUACAGAGCGUUUGGCUGGCAGCCUCCUAAGUUUGUGCAUAUUCCCUUACUUACGUCAUUGACAGAGAAGAAGCUUUCGAAGAGACAAGGCGACAUCGGUGUACUCAGUAUGAGAGACCAGGGAACCUUGCCUGAAGCGCUCACUAACUUUGUGGCAUUGUUCGGCUGGGCCCCGUCAAGACCAGAAAAGGGCAAGGCGACGAGCGAGGUAAUGACCAUGGACGAUCUCAUUAGCAAGUUCUCGUUGGAUCAGUUGACAAAAGGAAAUGCCAAAGUGAACGACAACAAACUUCAUUUUUUCAAUAAGAGCCACUUGUGUGCCCGUAUCAAAGAUCCCAAAAAGUUUGACAAAUUGGUGGAUGAAAGCUACGCUUGUUUGAAACAGCAGACAAAAACUGAAGUGUCCAAAGACUACUACCGUCGUAUUUUGAGAGAAGCUGGCCCCAAUAUGGUUUCAGUUCAUGAAUUGCAUAAUGUGCAUAAGUACUUCUUCAAAGAGAUUGAGUUUGAAGGUGUUGAUGUGCCAAAAGACACACAGACUGUCCUUGAUAUUUUAAGAACGCUUAGGAAUAAGCAAACAGUUGAAGACCCUUUUCCUGUUGAUGCAGUUUUGCUGAAACUACCUUCACUUAAGAAGAAGAACGUCUUCGAGGCCGCUCGUUUUGCAUUGACAGGAGGAGUCCCAGGAAUUACAAUUCCCGUAUUGAUUGACAUUCUUGGCUAUGAUCAAUGCUCAAAGCGCAUAGAAAAGGCCAUCAGAUACCUCGAGAAAAGUUAG